AUGUCUGACUCAAAUACCCAGAUAGAUUUAUGUGGCUGGAAUUCUGAUGGGAGAGUAACAUGCAAGAUGUUUGUGACUUUGAUUUUAGUGAUCCUAGAGCUUCCAGUGAUCCAUAAUUGUCCUCCUGUGAAAUGUCCCAUGAGUCUCCCCCUUUCAAUUCCUCAUCAGUAUUACUAUCCUGGAGACUUUAUCAUUGGUGGUGUUUUUUCUCAAUUCUACAUAUUUUCCAAUCCAAUCACUUUUGAAAGAGAUCCCUCUCAUGAUGCCUUUGAUAUGAGUUUUGUAAUAACUCAGGGCUAUCAACAUAUCCUGGCCUUGCAAUUUGCUGUAAAGACAAUUAAUGAAAAUCCAAGGAUCUUACCCAACGUCACGCUGGGGUUCCAUGUUCUGAACAGCAAUUUCCAGCCGAGGUGGACUCUCCGUGCCUCAAUGGAACUUCUCUCCACACUGGGCAAGUGUUACCCAAAUUACAAGUGUGAUGUGCAAGCAACAGUAGCUGUUAUUGGGGGGCCUAAUGCUGAUGUGUGUCUCUUCAUGGCAAGCUUUAUGUGCAUCUACAAAUUUCCACAAUUUGCAUAUGGCUCAGCUGCACUGCUCAAUGCCAAAUCCCAAGGCAUUUUUGUACACCAGCUAUUUCCAGACAUCAGCCAACAGUAUAAGGGGAUUCUCCAGCUAUUGCUGUAUUUCCAGUGGACGUGGAUUGGAGUGAUUUUCAUUAAUGAAGAGAAUGGGGAGAGAUUUGUACAAAAAGUGCUGCCCACGUUUGUCCAAGGAGGAAUUUGCUUUGAUUUUGUGGAAAAUUUUCCACCAAUAAAUUUUUCAAAUGAGCUCAGUGUGCUGGCAUUUUAUUUUUUUUUUUGUCUGAAAUUAAUUAGCAUUGUUAUGGGAGGGACUGCCAAUGUAAUAAUUGUACAUGGUGAAAUUCAAACAAUCAUGGUGUUUAGGCUAUUACCCGAAUACUCUAGAUUUCAGGAAAUGCCAAUGAAAUCCAGAGUGUGGAUUUUCACAGCCCAGAUGGAUUUCACAUCCUUCCCUAUGCAACGUAGUUGGAACAUGGACUUCAUCCAUGGCGCUAUCUCUUUUGCAGUUCACAGUGAGGAGGUUUUAGGAUUCCAUCAGUUCCUUCAGUUCCGAAAGCUUACAUCAGAAAAGGAAGAUGGCUUCCUCAGGGACUUCUGGGAAGAGUCAUUUCAGUGUUCUUUCUCCAGUGACAUCUCAGAAACCAAAGCAGGAGGACUCUGUAGUGGGGAAGAAAGUCUGGAGAAUCUUCCUGAGUCGGUUUUUGAAAUGGGCAUGACUGGCCAGAGCUACAGCAUCUAUAAUGCUGUCCAUGUAGUAGCAGAAGGUUUGCAUGCUCUGCACUCUUCAUCAGUGAAAACAAGAACAAUCAAGGUUAAAGGGAGAAAUGCGCUUGUCUAUCAACAGCCAUGGCAG